AUGCCGCCCCCGACACCCCCAUACAUCGGGAGCCACCGGUGCCCUAUGCCGCCCCCGACACCCCCAUACAUCGGGAGCCACCAGUGCCCCGCGCCGCCCCUGACACCCCCAUACAUCGGGAGCCACCGGUGCCCUGUGCCGCCCCCAACACCCCCAUACAUUGGGAGCCACCGGUGCCCCGCGCCGCCCCCGACACCCCCAUACAUUGGGAGCCACCGGUGCCCUGUGCCGCCCCCGACACCCCCAUACAUCGGGAGCCACCGGUGCCCUGUCCCGCCCCCGACACCCCCAUACAUCGGAGGCCACCAGUGCCCUGUGCCGCCCCCGACACCCCCAUACAUCGGGAGCCACCGGUGCCCCGCGCCGCCCCCGACACCCCCAUACAUCGGGAGCCACCGGUGCCCCGCGCCGCCCCUGACACCCCCAUACAUCGGGAGCCACCAGUGCCCUGUGCCGCCCCCGACACCCCCAUACAUCGGGAGCCACCGGUGCCCUGUGCCGCCCCCGACACCCCCAUACAUCGGGAGCCACCGGUGCCCUGUGCCGCCCCCGACACCCCCAUACAUCGGGAGCCACCGGUGCCCCGCGCCGCCCCCGACACCCCCAUACAUCGGGAGCCACCGGUGCCCUGUGCCGCCCCCCGACACCCCCAUACAUCGGGAGCCACCGGUGCCCUGUGCCGCCCCCGACACCCCCAUACAUCGGGAGCCACCGGUGCCCUGUGCCGCCCCUGACACCCCCAUACAUCGGGAGCCACCGGUGCCCUGUGCCGCCCCCGACACCCCCAUACAUCGGGAGCCACCGGUGCCCUGUGCCGCCCCCGACAUCCCCAUACAUCGGGAGCCACCGGUGCCCUGUGCCGCCCCUGACACCCCCAUACAUCGGGAGCCACCGGUGCCCUGUGCCGCCCCCGACACCCCCAUACAUCGGGAGCCACCGGUGCCCCGCGCCGCCCCCGACACCCCCAUACAUCGGGAGCCACCGGUGCCCUGUGCCGCCCCCGACACCCCCAUACAUCGGGAGCCACCGGUGCCCUGUGCCGCCCCCGACACCCCCAUACAUCGGGAGCCACCGGUGCCCUGUGCCGCCCCCGACACCCCCAUACAUCGGGAGCCACCGGUGCCCUGUGCCGCCCCCGACACCCCCAUACAUCGGGAGCCACCGGUGCCCUGUGCCGCCCCCGACACCCCCAUACAUCGGGAGCCACCGGUGCCCUGUGCCGCCCCCGACACCCCCAUACAUCGGGAGCCACCGGUGCCCUGUGCCGCCCCCGACACCCCCAUACAUCGGGAGCCACCAGUGCCCUGUGCCGCCCCUGACACCCCCAUACAUCGGGAGCCACCGGUGCCCUGUGCCGCCCCUGACACCCCCAUACAUCGGGAGCCACCGGUGCCCUGUGCCGCCCCUGACACCCCCAUACAUCGGGAGCCACCGGUGCCCUGUGCCGCCCCCGACACCCCCAUACAUCGGGAGCCACCGGUGCCCUGUGCCGCCCCCGACACCCCCAUACAUCGGGAGCCACCGGUGCCCCGCGCCGCCCCCGACACCCCCAUACAUCGGGAGCCACCGGUGCCCUGUGCCGCCCCCGACACCCCCAUACAUCGGGAGCCACCGGUGCCCUGCGCCGCCCCCGACACCCCCAUACAUCGGGAGCCACCGGUGCCCUAUGCCGCCCCCGACACCCCCAUACAUCGGGAGCCACCGGUGCCCUGUGCCGCCCCCGACACCCCCAUACAUCGGGAGCCACCGGUGCCCUGUGCCGCCCCCGACACCCCCAUACAUCGGGAGCCACCGGUGCCCUAUGCUGCCCCCGACACCCCUGUACGUGGAGCAGCACAAGCCAGCCCUGGCGGCUGGGCUGCCCCGGAGGGGGAGGACCCGGCCAUCAGUCUGUUCACACCUCGGGAGCGCCGGCAGCAGGAGAAGCCCAGGGAUGCUGAGAGCAGGAUGCGGCCCGGUGCCUGCUGUGGGGAAUCAUGA